GUCCAACGGCGCUAGAUUGACGGCUACCACAUGCCUCCUCCCUCCCGUGAGUCCCGUCCCCUCUCUACAAGCUGCCGAUAAGGCAUGAUGAGAGCUCAAUUAUCCGAUACGGCAUGAGAUAAUCCCUGCAGGCCCACGUGGAACCCCGGAGCUUAAAUCAAACUCUAUCGCAGAGAGUUUUGUUCCCGGAGCGUGAAAUCGAAUUUUCAUGUGAGACGCAGCACAAUUCCCAUCUGGACUGUGCUAUCCCACCAUCCGUAACCCCAACCUCCGCCUCGAACACUACGGAUGGUCAUGCAAUAACAUCGCCCAUCAUGCCCAAAAAGGCCAUCGACGCGCGCAUCCCAGCGCUCAUCCGCAACUCACAACUCCUCCGCCACCGCUCCCUCUUCAUCAUCAUCGGCGACCAUGCCAAAGAUGUCAUCGUCAACCUCUACCACAUCCUACUCAAUCUCGACAUCAAACUCAACAAGUCCGUGCUAUGGGCGUAUAAAAAGGAACUGCUGGGCUUCAGUAGUCAUCGCAAGAAGCGCGAAAAGAAGAUCAAGGCCGAAAUCAAGCGCGGACAACGGGACGUAGAUGAGCAAGAUCCCUUUGAGCUGUUUGUCAGUACGAGAGAUGUCCGAUAUGUCUACUACAAAGAGACGGAGAAGAUCCUGGGACAGACGUUUGGAAUGUGUGUGCUGCAGGACUUUGAGGGUUUGACGCCGAAUCUAUUAGCAAGGACUAUGGAGACUGUGGAGGGAGGAGGCAUGGUGUUGCUGUUGUUGAAGAAUGUCAAGAGUCUAAAGCAGCUAUACACGAUGAAUAUGGAUGUCCAUGCGAGGUAUCGCACAGAGGCGCAUGGGGAUGUGGUCGCAAGGUUCAAUGAGAGGUUCCUGAUGAGCUUGGGAAGCUGUGGGGGUGCCUUGGUCAUCGAUGAUGAGAUGAACGUCCUCAGCAGUGUCUCUGGUGCAAGAGGAGUGGUCGAGCUCAAGAGUGGAGAAGUGACCACGGAAAGUCAAAAAGCGAAAGAGGACCUGGCAGAGAUCAAGGAGAGUCUGGAAGGAGAGAAGCCGGUGGGCGAUCUGGUCAAGCUGGCAAAGACUGUAGACCAAGCGAAGGCACUCAUGACAUUCGUCGAGGCCAUCAUGGAGAAAACAUUGGCGAGCACAGUCACUCUGACGGCAGGCAGAGGUCGAGGAAAGUCGGCAGCGCUGGGUAUGGCGAUUGCGGCGGCUGUGGCGUGCGGGUACAGCAACAUCUUCAUCACAUCUCCUUCGCCUGAAAACUUAAAGACGUUGUUCGAGUUCAUCUUCAAAGGCUUCGAUGAGCUAGGAUACCUGGACCACACCGACUACGAUAUUGUGCAAUCGACGAAUCCCGACUUCAAUAAGGCCAUUGUCAGAGUCAACGUACACCGAGAUGUCAGCCAGACGAUGAGCCGACAGACCAUACAAUACAUCCGGCCCGAGGACUCUUACACGCUCGGUCAAGCUGAGUUGUUGGUCAUCGAUGAAGCUGCUGCGAUUCCUCUGCCCCUUGUGCGGAAACUGCUCGGACCAUACCUAGUAUUUAUGGCUUCCACGAUCAAUGGAUACGAAGGCACAGGACGAUCUCUCUCCCUCAAGCUCAUUCAACAAUUGCGCGAUCAGUCGCGCAACAUCGGCUUGCAGAACGGUGACACGAAGAUUGCCAACAGGGAUGGCAAUAAGAAGGAGGAGGCUUCUUCUCGCCGAACAGCACGAUCUUUGCGAGAAAUCGAGCUGCAUGAGCCCAUUCGAUAUGCCAGUGGGGACGCUGUGGAGAAAUGGAUGAACUCGCUUCUCUGUCUUGAUGCGACACUAUCGCGAAAGUCGAAGAUACACGGCACACCUCACCCAUCACAGUGCGAGCUGUUGCAGGUCAAUCGAGACACACUGUUUUCCUUCCAUCCAAUCACAGAAAGGUUCCUGCAACAGAUGAUGGCAUUGUAUGUCGCGUCGCACUACAAGAACUCUCCGAACGAUUUGCAACUCAUGUCUGAUGCGCCGGCGCAUCAGCUGUUCGUACUAGUAGCGCCGACUGCAGAUGAUGCGAAUAAGCUGCCUGAAAUCCUUUGCGUUGUACAAGUAGCGCUUGAGGGACAGAUCAGCCGAGAAAGUGUGCUCAAUAGUCUGUCGCGAGGUCAAAGAGCUGGUGGCGAUCUCAUACCGUGGCUGGUCAGCCAGCAAUUCCAAGAUUCCGAGUUUGCUGGUCUGAGCGGAGCACGAAUCGUUCGAAUAGCUACAAAUCCGGAUUAUGGGAGUAUGGGCUAUGGCUCACGUGCACUUCAGCUGCUCAAUGAGUUCUACGAGGGCAAGCACAUCAACUUGUCCGAAUCCGAUGAUGUACUAGCUAUGAAUGAAGAACAAGCGAGGCGGGUGACAGACGAAGAGCUGGCCGAGGGCUCUCUACAAACCGAGACCAUCAAAGUGCGAGACAUCAAGUCUAUGCCUCCUCUAUUUGCGCGCCUGCAUCAACGAAGACCUCCUGCUCUGGACUACACCGGUGUGUCCUAUGGAUUGACUCAACCACUUCACAAGUUUUGGUACAAGGGAGGAUAUGUCCCAGUCUACCUGAGGCAAACGGCGAAUGACCUUACGGGCGAGCACACCAUGGUCAUGCUCAAGCCCACCAACCGGGACUCCACAGACCCAAGCUGGCUCGGCGCCUACGCUCAAGACUUCCACCGACGCAUCAUGAACCUGGCUUCCUACCAGUUCCGCACCUUCUCGACCAUCCUCAUGCUCUCCAUCGACGACAGCUCCAACAAGGGCAUCAAACUUCUCUCCGACUCUCAAAAAGCUCAGCCACUCUCAAAAUCCGAUCUGGACAAUCUUCUCUCCCCCUACGACAUCAAACGCCUAAAAUCCUAUGCAGACAACAUGCUCGAUUACCACGUCAUUCUGGAUCUCAUGCCCACCAUUGCAUCACUGUACUUCACCGGUCGUAUCAAGGACGACAACGGAGUGAUUCUAUCAGGCGUCCAGAAAGCUCUCCUAUGUGCCAUUGGCCUGCAGCGAAAGAUGCUCGAAGACAUGGAAAAAGAGCUCAACUUGACCGUGUCCCAAUUAUUGGCAAUGUUCAUCAAAGUGAUGCGGAAAAUCAGCACGCACUUUGAAAAGAUCCAGUCGGGUGCGAUUGAAGCCUCCAUGCCCGCCGCCACAAACGGAGGCGCACACGCUGCGCCGGACGACGAAACUGCGGAUCGCGAAAUUGACGCUGCGGCAGUCCGUAAAAGUCUUGCAGAUGAUUUAGCAGAGGGCGCGGAAGAGUUUGAUGAGGAGGAGAGGCAGAGGAAUAAACGAUUAAUCGACUCGUUGCCAUUGGAGAGAUAUGCUAUACAGGAGGGAGAAGCGGGAUGGGCUGACGCGGAGAAAUUGGUCAAGGAGGCAACGAAAAAGGGGAAGAGUAUUAGUACUGUUGCUGUGAAGAGUAGUAAAAAGGGAGAGGACAGGAAGAGAAAAGCUGGCGAGGCGCUCAAGGAGGCGCAAGCAGAGGCCGAAAAGAGUGCACCGAAAGAAGGGAAGAAGAAUAAGAAAGCGAAGAGGUGA